GCAAAUUCUCCAUUCUCUGUACUAUACACACAAUGCCUUUACUCUUAACUACGUAUAUAGUAAUGACAAGAUAUAUAUAAUAUAGAGAAGAGAACAUCAUCAAUAUUUACUACUGAAAUUCCCACUUUCUCCCUCCAGUGACCGGCAAAAUGGCAGUCUCAGCCAGUAGCUGGAUGUCACUCUCCUCUGCUGUUCAGUUUCAUAGACCAAUAGGAGGGAAUGGUAGGAACUGGGGUCUUGUAAAGUUUUCUGAUGGAGAAGUCAUGGGUAGGAAGCUGAAGCUAACUCAACUAGAACAACAAGGAGGUGAUAAUAAUGCAUGUAGAAAGAGUUCUAGGAAACAUAUAUACAUGUCCCUCUCUAUUGAUGUUGCCAACGAAUCCAAGUUAAUAGACCUAGAUAUGGGAAAAAGGGACCCAAGGACAGUUAUGGCAGUUAUACUAGGUGGAGGUGCUGGAACUCGUCUCUUCCCUCUCACAAAGCGCCGUGCCAAACCUGCUGUUCCUAUUGGAGGUGCUUACAGGCUGAUUGAUGUGCCAAUGAGCAACUGCAUCAACAGUGGCAUCAACAAAGUGUACAUUCUCACUCAGUUUAACUCAUUCUCACUAAACAGGCAUAUUGCACGUGCUUACAACUCUGGUGCUGGAGUCACCUUUGGAGAUGGCUAUGUUGAGGUUCUUGCAGCCACUCAAACUCCAGGGGAGGCAGGUAAAAGUUGGUUUCAGGGUACUGCUGAUGCUGUAAGACAGUUCCACUGGCUAUUUGAGGAUCCCAGAAGUAAGGAUAUUGAGGAUGUAUUGAUUCUAUCUGGGGAUCAUCUCUACCGAAUGGACUACAUGGAUUUUGUUCAAAAUCAUCGGGAUAGUAAAGCAGAUAUCACUCUUUCUUGUCUGCCAAUGGAUGACAGCCGUGCCUCAGAUUUUGGUCUAAUGAAGAUAGACAGUAAAGGAAGGAUACUUUCAUUCAGUGAAAAGCCCAAAGGGAAAGACCUGAAAGCAAUGCAAGUAGAUACAACAGUAUUGGGCCUUUCCCGGGAUGAGGCUGAAAAGAAACCAUACAUUGCUUCCAUGGGAGUGUACGUCUUCAAGAAGGAUAUACUUCUUAAUCUAUUAAGAUGGCGCUUUCCAACUGCAAAUGACUUUGGAUCAGAGGUCAUUCCUGCCUCUGCUAAAGAGUUUUACAUGAAGGCUUAUCUCUUCAAUGACUACUGGGAGGACAUAGGGACCAUCAGAUCAUUCUUUGAGGCAAAUCUAGCCCUCACUGAGGAUCCACCCAGGUUUAGCUUUUAUGAUGCAGCAAAACCUAUGUAUACAUCAAGGAGAAACUUACCUCCAUCGAAGAUUGACAAUUGCAAGAUUGUUGAUUCAAUCAUAUCACAUGGGAGCUUCUUGACGAAUUCCUUGAUAGAGCAUAGUGUAGUUGGAAUCAGAUCCAAAAUAAACUCAAACGUUCACUUAAAGGAUACAGUAAUGCUUGGUGCUGAUUUCUAUGAAACUGACUCUGAAGUGGGAGCACUGUUAGCUGAGGGAAGAGUUCCAACAGGAAUAGGAGAAAAUACAAGAAUCAAAGACUGCAUUAUUGACAAAAAUGCAAGAAUUGGAAAGAACGUUGUAAUAGAAAAUUCAGAGGGUGUUCAAGAGGCUGAUAGAUCUUCACAAGGUUUUUACAUCCGUUCUGGUAUUACCGUUGUAUUGAAAAACUCAGUAAUUGAAGAUGGAUUUAUCGUAUAGUAACUUCACCAUCAUUUGUAAAAUCAUUACGGUAUUAUAUACUAAAAUUUUGUUUGACCUAUUUUGAAUGGGACGGGAAUCAAACAAAAUAACUACUACAACUUGGGAGUUAGUAUGCCCACUUUUUGUUCUCAUUUUAUAAAUAAUAAAACGUUUUAUUCAUAUUGCAAUAGCAUCAG